GCGCGCCGGUGCGUUGACCGUAGCGCGCCUGCUGGGAGGCGGGGCCGCGCGAGCCGAACCGCUGUCCGUCCGUUCGCCGCCGCCUCUCCACCAGCGCCGGCCAGCAGUGCAGGACGGGUCUGACUGUCUCCGAGAGCUGACAAUAUGACUGAUCAGGGUCCGUUGUUGAUUCGUGGUGGAAAAGUGGUCAACGAUGACCGGAUAUUCGACGCAGAUGUCUUUGUCGACAAAGGCAUCAUUCAGGCGGUGGGACCGGACCUGGCGGUGCCGGAGGGGGCCUUCGUCAUCGAUGCUGCCGGCAAAUACGUCAUGCCCGGCGGCAUCGACACGCACACGCACAUGCAGCUGCCGUUCAUGGCACCGCCGAUCGACGACUUCUACUGGGGCACGCGCGCCGCGCUGGCCGGAGGCACCACCAUGAUCAUCGACUUCGUGCUGCCGCAGCGAGGCGAGUCGCUGCUGGACGCCUACAGCAAGUGGCGCAACUGGGCAGACGAAAAGGUCUGCUGUGACUACGGCUUCCACGUGGGCGUCACCUGGUGGUCGGAACAGGUAAAACAAGAAAUGGCUGAGCUUGUUAAAGACAAGGGCGUCAACUCCUUCAAGAUGUUUAUGGCCUACAAGGACACUUGGCAGCUGCUGGACGAGGACUUGCUGAAGGCCUUCACUCAGUGCAAGGCGAUCGGUGCUCUGGCGCAGGUUCAUGCCGAAAACGGAGACGUCAUCAAAGAGAUGGGUAACCGGAUGCUGGCGGCCGGUAUCACCGGUCCGGAGGGUCACGCGCUCUGCCGGCCCGAGGAGGUGGAGGCCGAGGCCACCAACCGCGCCUGUGUGCUGGCCAAGGUGGGCUGCCCGCUCUACAUCGUGCACGUGAUGUCGCGCGCGGCCGCUGACGUGGUCUCGGCCAAACGGCGCCAGGGUCACGUGGUGUACGGCGAGCCGGUCGCUGCCGGACUGGGCACGGACGGCACGCACUACUGGAGCACGUGCUGGAGACACGCAGCCGCUCAUGUCAUGGGACCGCCGCUGCGGCCCGAUCCCUCCACGCCUGCCUACCUCAUGGACAUGCUCGCUAACAACGACCUACAGUGCACUGGCACAGACAAUUGCACCUUCACCUCGGAGCAGAAGGCGCUGGGAAAGGGUGACUUUACCAAGAUCCCGAACGGCGUCAACGGAGUAGAAGACCGUAUGUCGAUUAUCUGGGAGAGGGGCGUCUGCUCCGGCAAAAUGGACCCGAGGCGCUUUGUCGCCGUCACCAGCACGAGCGCCGCCAAGAUAUUCAACAUUUAUCCCAGAAAGGGUGUGAUAGCCGUGGGUUCGGACGCCGACCUGAUCGUCUGGAACGGCGAGACGAGCCGCGUCAUCUCCGCCAGCACGCACCACCAGCGCUGUGACUUCAACGUGUUCGAGGGCCAGACGGUGCGCGGCGUGGCCGAGUGGGUGGUGUCGCGCGGCCGCGUCUGCGUGCGCCAGGGUCAGGUGGAGGCGGUGCGGGCUGCCGGGAGGUUCGUGCCCACGCCAGGCUACUCGCCGGAGGUCUACCUGCGCGUCCAGCAACGCGACAAGACGCGCACGCCUCACGCAGUCGACCGCAGCGAAUCGUAGACUCCGCCAGUCUCGAUCAGCGAAUCACCAGUCUCGGAGGACCCUCUGAGGGGCUCUCAUCAGACCGGAAUGAACCAGAAACUUCCCUCUAAAUGACAACGUUCGUGCUCAAAUGCCCACACAAAUUGACGUCUCUACAGCGCCACUGCAGGCCGGUGGUAGAUGACACAACAGUUCUGGUGAAGGCUGCAGUAGCUGCGACCACUGGACAAAAGAUGUCAGCAGUGUAUCGCGAUGAAGGCGAAUAUUAGUGCCACAGUGUAUAUACAGCCACAGCCGAGACGUCUGCAGGGCCAGGCAGAGUUCUCAACUCCGGCGUCUUGCCAGCUAAGAUAGAUAUUAUAUCUAGAUAGUCCAACUAUGAAAAUACUACCCAGACGUCAUUCCAGGGAUCAUAUUUUCACGAUGUUUACACACAAUGUUCUUGACUGUGUCACCACUUGGAAGUGCUCAAUUAUACGGUUACAUGGAAUUCCAGCCCUUCCAGCGAGUACCGGAUAAUGUUGUUGUUUAUCACGCGAAUGUCCAUUGAAACUGCAAUUGAUGAAAAUGAUCUAGCUGGGAGUAUUGCCUAACUUGCUUGUCAUGCUUUGUGCGUAUAUACUAACUGGAUUCAACAUUUAUCUUGAGGGACGCCGGACGCGCAUAAUAUCAUGUAAUGUUAGUGUGAAAAGAAAAUAUAUGCACUUGUUUCGUUUA